AUGACCCGUCUUCUUCCUGCGCAUGAGUGCGGUGCUGCUCCUCCUCCGAGCUUCGCGUAUGACGCUACCUUCAAUAGCUUCUUGAAGGAGAAACUCAGCAGCACGCCGUUCCUCCCUAUCAUCUGCCUCGCUCUCGUGCCCUCAACACUGAAUCUUUUCAAGCUUCCCGUUACCGUCAUCUGUAUAACAACAAUCUUUGCGACUACACUAAGUCAUCAUAGCCCGAUGAUCUUACCAUCCGUUCAAGCUAUUCUUUUCUCCCUUACGCUCACCCUUCCUACGGUAGGUGCUCCCGCGACAAGCAACGCGACUGGACCCAUCAUCGACCUCGGAUAUGCGGCAUACCUAGGGAACGCGACGUCGCCCACAGGUAUAGAAGAUGGACCUGUCGUCUUCUUUGGAGGCAUACCAUUCGCAGAGCCACCGCUGGGCGAUCUACGAUGGAGGGCGCCCAAGAUGCUCAACGAGUCUGUCCCAUCUGAGCCCGUGAGCAUCAGCGACGCGCGCAACUACGCGAGUCCGUGCAUACCGCAGCCUGCCACAUCGGGUGUUGGUUCCGAAGAUUGCCUCUACCUCAACGUCUGGAAGCCGGCGAACGCCACAAAUAGCUCCUCUCUGCCCGUUGCUCUCUGGAUAUACGGCGGUGGCUUCUUCGCGGGAAAUACCGCCAGCUAUCCGAUGUACGAAUGGGUGGCCCAGAACCCCGGAAUCGUGGCCGUCUCAGUCUCAUAUCGGCUGGCAUCCCUGGGCUUUUUGGCUGGUCCCGGCAUCGCUGCUGAUGGCGACUACAACAUUGGUUUGCUGGACCAACGAGCUGCCAUGGAAUGGGUGCAGCGGCACAUCAGAGCUUUCGGAGGUGACCCGGACGAAGUCACUAUUAUAGGCGAGAGCGCCGGAGCUGCUGCAGUCGUCAUGCAGAUCACUGGUUACGGAGGGAACCAGACGGCUCCUUUCAAACGUGCAGUAGUCGAGUCUAUUGGUUAUGGACCGGGUGAUUUCGCAGUGAGCAACGCUACAGAUGCGAUCUUCGCCAACUUCACCGCCUCGGUAGGUUGUCCCACUGACGUCUCCCCAGUCGAGACUAUGGCCUGUCUGCGCAACGCCACACUGGACAACAUCAUCCUCGGCAUCAACAACCAGACCUUGGGCUCACUCAGUCCCGUCUAUGGCGACGCGUUCGUGCCCGAUAUACCCUCGCAGCUCUUCCGCGAUGGGCGCUUUACUCCCGUCGAGUUCAUGGGUGGACAUUGUAGUGGAGAUGGGCAUACCUUCAGCAAUGGUUCGCCGACUGAGACACUCAGCGAGGCUGACAUUAUCGAUGAGGUCUUCACUGGUCGAUGGAUUGGAGUCUCUAAUGAUACCAUCCGAGAGGUCUUCGACUUCUAUCCAAAGGUUAACGCCACAGGAAGCCCCUUGCAUUCGUACUACGACCUUGGCUCCGAGAUCGGCGGCGAUAUAGUCUUCAGUUGCAUGGACGAGUUCAUCGCUGGUUAUAUGCUGGAUGCCGGGAUCAAGAAUGUCUUCACAUUUGUGUGGAACGCUCCAAACCCCAUAGCUUACGCGAGCGCACCAUACCAAUGGGCUGCGCACGGGUCCGAUGUCUUCUUCCUGUUUAGCGGAACAAAUGGCGGCACGUUUGUACCAUUCAAUGCUUCCGAAGCGAUCUUGGCCAAACAAGCUGUCGGCUAUUGGACGUCAUUCGCUGCGGCGGGUAACCCGUCCUCAGAGCGCACACCCGGCUCUCUAGCCUGGCCAUCCUACACAACGAGUGACAGACACAAGAUGGUGUUCACUCGUGGUAAUCACGAAAAGACCGCCAGUGCUGUCGGGGCGUGGUCUGAUUAUAAGACUUCUCGAUGCGAGUGGUGGUUCCAGAGGAAUGUCACGGCCCAGACAAAUGUAUAG